AUGAAGCUAAAUGUUGCUUUUGAAAUGAAUGAUGGCAAUGAUGAAAGUUUUAAACACAACGAUGAAAUUUUAAUGCAAAGACGAUGGUGUCGAAGAGACUGGUCAUCACCUCCUGAUGCACGAGCCCAAGAAGCAUCAAGGCGCGUGUUAUAUUCUCAAGUCUUCCUAGGUAGUCCUGAAAAGUGCAAGGAAAAGUGUUUGUCACAACACAACCAACAAGCGACAAGCUUCAUCCUCAAAUCUCAAUUUGCAAUCAAAAUGAAAACUUUUCCUUCCACUUGCGCGCACAUAAAUUCUUCGCUCAUGCCAAGAAACGAAGCGGGAAAGAAAUUAAAACCCAUUUCGGAAGAAAAGAAAGAAAAACAUGGAGAAAUUAUAAUGAAAAGCAAUUUGGAAGGAAAACGAAAGAAAAAAUGA